UAUCAUGGUGUUGCCAACGGGAAGGCUGGACUCUUGGGUUACUGUGAGUUCGUUCUAAUCAUCCCCUUCAUUUUCUCAUCACAUCUCAGGAUACUUGCCCUUUUUUCUUCGUACACAGAAUCUUGGAGCGGAGAUUCCCAUAAUUGAACUAAUUUCGUCGGUGACAGACGACUCUGUUGUCGCGCGAAUGAUCACGACAAUUGACGAUGACACCAAUGGGUUUCGGCUCAAUCUCAUUCCUAUGGCGUUAUCAUCUUCAGACAUGUCUUCUCGAAGUUUACUGGAGGCAACACUGGCGCUGGCUUCAUUCCACAUUGGCCGGGAGGAAGACGCGCUCAAGCACAAAGUGCAGGCCAUCAAGCUGCUGUCGGAUUCGUUUCGAUCGACAACAGAACAGAACAGGAUAGCGCAGUUUUCUACUUGCAUGAUGCUUUGCGUUUACAGUGUUUUCGAUUCCUCAGACACAACAUGGAACCUUCAUCUGCAAGGCGCAAAGUCGGUGAUAGAAGCAUUCUCGCGAUUGGAUCGCAGCGAUCCGUCCAUGGCAUUCAUGGUGCAUUGGCUCAAAUAUCACGACGUCUUUUCGGUAUAUAGCCAUCGCGCGGAACCUAGCUACACAGCAACAGAUAAAAAUCCAGAACUCAUCAUGACUCUCCCAGAGAGUACAGCAUAUAAUCAACAGAUCAUCGGCCUCCUGGGAUGCUCCCCCGAGCUCCUUGGCCUCAUAUCCAACAUCAACCAGCUUCGCACCUGGCUCCAAACCACAAACCCUCCCUCAGCCCGUGGUGCAGCCCUUCCGCACCUCCUCCGAAUCCGCAAACGCCUCCUUCACCUCAAACAAGAGAUCCUCGUGCGCCCAGGCGAAACAUCUGGCGCCAUCUCGCACACGCGCAUCACGCUCACAGCAGAGCUCUACCGCAUCGCCGCGCUGCUCUACCUCUUCCAAGUCUUUGCACUCCUGCCCUCUACGCACACGCAAAUUGCUACAUUGUCUUCUGCUACUACCUCUCAAGCACACCCAUCGACAUUGUCGUCUUCUCCACCGUCAACAUCAUCAUCAUCGGCGGUAUGGUGGAACACCAGCCUAGUCGGAAGCGAAGACAUUGCCAACAUUGUCCGGCAAGGGCUCGCGGUGCUUGAUCAGCUGGAGAUCUGCACUUCGCCCUGGCCGCUCUUCAUCGUGGCGUGCAACGUGAGCGACGACGCGGACCGCAUCAAGAUGGUGGGCAUCAUCGAGGCGGGCGGGCGGGCGAGGCGCGUCGGAAAUUACCAGGUUGUUGGCAGCUUGGUGCAGGCUGUGUGGAAACGGCAGGAUCUGGCGGCGAAUGAGAGGGGUGAGAAAGGGGGACUUGUUGUUGUGGAUUGGAGGGAUUUAAUCGAGGAAGGGGAGAUGAUGCCUUCGUUUAUCUGA